UAUUUAAGUAUCUGAAGAGUUUCUAACAUUGCGUAUGAAUAUAUUUUUCUCAGUUAUUGUACUCUCUCUUAUGCCGAAGGGAAACGGGGUGAAAAUAAGCGAGACGUUGAAAAUUUUGUGAACGCCUUACCCACAUUUGUUCUGUAUAUGACGUAACAAAAUGCAAUGAGGAUUCAACGUUCGCUUUUGUCUCCACAGUAUGUAUCAUGGACGCGAAAGCCCAUCUGAAGCACCAGAACAGGACUUUAGAUGGGGCUUAGUGACCGGGGUUUGGCUCAUCUCAUUUUUCUCAUGACAAGAAGAUACUGAAAUAUUGUGUGUGGUUGUAUAAGCAGAAUCGUUUAUGCGUCGACAUAGAGAAGAAAGGUUUCAGGAUUCCUGAUGAGUACACCAAAACGAGACAGUUACGAAAAGACUGAAGACCAAGUACGCCGGAAAACAAGUGCCCGCAGUAUGCAUAGCUCUAGCAGACAAAGUGCUACCAGCAACACUGGAGUACUGAUGGUGGGGCCAAACUUCCGAGUUGGUAAAAAGAUUGGCUGUGGGAAUUUUGGUGAACUCAGACUUGGCAAAAAUUUAUACAACAAUGAACAUGUGGCUAUCAAACUGGAGCCCAUGAAGUCUAGGGCACCUCAGCUACAUCUGGAGUACAGGUUCUACAAACAGCUGGGUCAAGCUGAGGGUAUUCCACAAGUGUACUAUUUUGGACCAUGUGGCAAGUACAAUGCUUUGGUGCUAGAACUGCUGGGGCCUAGCUUGGAAGAUCUUUUUGAUCUUUGUGAGCGCAAGUUUUCCCUGAAGACUGUGCUCAUGAUUGCAGUGCAGCUGUUGACAAGGAUGGAGUAUGUUCACUCAAAGCAUCUUAUCUACCGUGAUGUGAAACCAGAAAAUUUUUUGAUAGGCAGACAAUCAACUAAAAAGCCACAUAUCAUCCAUGUUAUUGACUUUGGUCUGGCCAAGGAGUAUAUAGACCCAGAAACUCACAAACAUAUACCAUACCGGGAGCAUAAGAGUCUGACAGGAACAGCCCGAUACAUGAGCAUUAACACACAUUUAGGCAAAGAACAAAGCCGACGAGAUGACCUUGAAGCCUUGGGUCACAUGUUCAUGUACUUCCUUCGUGGCAGCUUACCUUGGCAAGGUCUUAAAGCUGAGACCCUUAAAGAGAGAUACCAAAAGAUUGGCGACACCAAGAGGGCCACUCCAAUAGAGGUUCUUUGUGAAAAUUUCCCUGAGGAGCUGGCAACCUACCUGAGAUAUGUGAGGCGUUUAGACUUUUUCGAGACCCCUGAUUAUGACUACUUGCGCAAGCUGUUUACUGAUCUCAUGGAGAAGAUGAACUAUGAAUGUGACUGGCAGUUCGACUGGGUUGGCAGGCAGGUGUCCACACCAGUGUCUGUAGCACCGGAUCAGGUUGUUUCUCCCAACAGAGAGCCAGGAGUGCCAGGCCGUGACAGGCAUCCAUCUCAACCUAGGAUAAGUGGUUCAAGGGGGCAUCACGCAUGGGGCGAGCAGCCACGCCACAAUCCCUAUCUUGGGGCAAACCUAGCCACAGAUAGACAUGGGGGUUCUGUACAGGUGGUGAGUUCUGCCAAUGGGGAAAUGCAGACAACAGAUGACCCUACUGCUGUCCACUCCAACACACCAAUCACAGCACAGCCUGAUGUGGAGGUGGUGGAUGAAACAAAGUGCUGUUUCUUCCGCCGCCGCAAGAAGAAAAAAGGCCGCCAUACCUAAAGCUGAAACAUGACCACACACAGCCCUUCCACCCAUCACCAUUCUUAGCCUGCAACCAUUGUUUUCAUUGCUAGUUUUAGCUUUGUUUCCAGCCCUGCCAUCCAGAUUGUAUAUAUUCACCAGUAAUUGUAGCUGUGUGUGUGGUUUUUUUUUUUUUUUGUUGCUUGUUUUUGUUUUUAUUAUGCUUUUUUCUUUUUUUUGAGAAGAAAAUUUGUUGACACACCUUUUUCUGUGAUCUGCCUGUGGAUGAAGCAAUAUAUGGAAUGGAGUUUGGCAGAAAUAUUGUUUUUGUCUUCAGUGCCAAACUGCUCAUGGUUGGCCUUGCAAAUCAUUGGAAAAGGCUUGAAGCAGCCAACUGUAUUAUAACUGGGAUCGGGAUAGCCACUGGUUGCCAAGAAAAACAAACCAAAUAUUCUCACAGCAGAACAACUAUGUUCCCAUAAAGGGUUACAAAGUGACCCUUCUUUGCUUUUUUCACCCAGGUGCUGUGGGUGUUUCCACCGCCGCAAGAAACGGCCAAAGCCAAAGCGACAAAAAUGACUGGCUGCCUUUGGCCAGCCUCAGGAUACAGUGCCAUUAAAGCCACAGGAGGAAUCUGUGACGGAAGAGCUCAGCACACCCACCAGUUCUCAUGGCCAAGGGAGCCCUUCCAGACCAUUCAUUGGACAUGUUAAUCAGACAUUUCUUUAGCGUGAUGACCCAAUGCUUGUCAUCCACUUUCAUUCACAAACACUGCAAGCCGUCUGUAAUCAACCUUCCAUUGGCCAACAUAAUCAGCUGUAGCUUUCAUAGUGCUCUUCAUUGAGUUUUUUCGUGAUUUGUUGUUUCUGAUUUUUCUGAAGAGAUAGUGCCAGCACUUAUUGAAAAUAGCUUUAGUCAAAAGGUGAUUUGUCUUAAAAAAAAAAAAGAAGACCUUUGGUUUGGGUAUUUUUGAAUGAUACUGUUUUCCUUUAACAGUUUUGUCUGACAUCAAUCAAAACUGUUUCUAUAAAUGUUUUGAUUUGCUGUUUACAAAGUACUUUUUUUGGUUUUUGUUUUCUGGACAUGCAGUUGUCAUCACAGGUGUGGAAAGAUAAAUAUUUUUGGCUUUCGUAUGAUGAAUCUUAGAUAAAAACUUCUUAAGCAUUGCACACUAUAACUUAGGUGAUUUGCUGGGGAAAGAGAGAAGAGUUGUAGGGUGAGAGAGCUGUUGGUAGCGGAAGCUGAUAGAUUUCACCUUUUUUAAAUUUGUUAGGAUAUCUUUCUCUUUUAAAGUGAAUACACAGAUAUAAAUGAGAAAUAGACCUGGUAAACUAUUUUGAGAGAGAAUAAGUCUAAUAUUGGCUAUAGCAAAAGAUAAUUUGAAUUAAAAUGUAAAAAAUCCAAAACAUUGUCAUGUUUCUAAUGAGGAUGCUUACAUUUUAGCAGCUGUAAACAACAGAAUUUUUUAGGUGGAUAGUUGUAGAGAAAGUGAAUGGGUUUGCUUUGUAACUAAUAUUUCAAAAUGGUUUUUUUUCCCCUCACACUGUGCAGAUGUUGAUUUUUCCCAUCGCCUUCCUCUUGUAAUGUAGAAAAUAAUUUUUCAUAACAUUUGGAAGUAUUUUGAACAACUGUUAACACCAGGAAGUUUCUUGACACCAGACAUGAAAAUAUUGAGAUAGUGGUCUUGGCAUAUUGUCUACGCACAUAAAUGUUGCUGUAUCCUGGUUGACCAAAGACAUUCACGUAGUAUUUGUAAUCCCACUUGCCAGAUUUUGCACACUGCAGUCUGUGCAUGGGAGGACAAAAGUUCAGUGCAUCCUUGUCUCUUCUUCCUCUGCUUUGUGUAAGAGGCUGUUGACCAUUACCUUUAAGGAGAGCUGUACCAAUGCUAUUAGAAAGAAUAUUGACAUGCCAUUUCUUCAAUUUGUAUAAGGUAGUUGUCUGUGGGCUUUUGUUUGAGAAAUAGUCAUAUAUUUGGUAGCAUUUAAAAAAACACAAUUAAGAUACUUUUGGAUCAUUUGUCAGGUAUUGUAUUAAAACAUAGUUUGCUUGUAGUUUUGUUUAAGUGGGAGCAAACUCUCAGAUUAUCAGGGGUGCCGCUUUGUGUGAUGCCAAGGGCUCUCCAAACAUGCAUGGAAAACAUUUGAGCUUUUAAAGGCUGUGCAACAGUUCUUGUAAGAUUUUUGACUGAAUGAAGCAUGGUAAUAUCUUGGUAGUUGGGUUUUCUGAACUGUGGGUAGGGAAGGAUGAUGGCAGUGCUUGUCAUGUGGGACACGACGAUCACCAGCUCACAUGCGAAGGCCUUGUUUUCUUUCUCAGAUCUGGAGAAUGUUGCUGCAUUAUGGAACCAUUUAUCUGUGAACAGUUUUCUUUAGCAAACUUGAAUGUUGAAACCUGGAAACAUGUGUUUUCAUGUUUAUCUUCUGUCAGCAUCACAAUUUGUUUAUGUUCCUUUUUUAAAAGGCUGGACUAUGAAAGAAAGUGUGCAGCUGAAGUGUUCAUAAUGGGUAGCUGGCCAAUGCCUCAGUUUGAUAAGAACAGGUACUCAGGUGCUUUUCUGUACAUCUUACAGCAUUGUAUUGCCCAUGCUGUACAUACACAUGCUAGUAUGGCAAAUGUUUAUAUUAACUUUCUUAUAUGUGCUCACAAAGACAGUUCUUGCAUUAUUUGCAUUAAAAUACAUUUUUUACAAACAUUUGGGGAAUGUAAAGUUGUUUUCAGAAGUAAAUGCUUCUCUGAACCCAGUGCAUUUGUGAAGGUGAUUGUGUCUUAAUUUAAAUAAAUUUGAAGUAUUCUCGACUGGCUCUUACAGCUUGCAUUAAAUGCUCAGUGUUAUUCUCGAGUUGAAGUGCAGCCCGGCCGGAUAGUUAGGUCUUCUUCCUCCGUUUCAAAAUUGAGCGUUUCUAACUCCAGCACCUCAGAAGGACACUACAGCAGGCCACCAGAGUCGGUCACACAUUAUGGUGUGAGGGUCCCCCCAUAUUUGUCCUCAUUCACAGAGAAAGUGUAUAUGUGCAUGCACACAUGCUUGUAUGUGUGCAUGCAUGAAGGCAUGUAUAUCGUUAUUUGCGCUAUGCUGAUAACUUAGCCAAUCUGUACUAAAUAUUCAUGCAGUUCAGCUGCUCUGUUAAAUUGCAUGUUAACAGUUGAAAGAUUUAUUUAUAAUGCAUUUACUAUAUCAAGCACUUUUUAUCCUUUUAUCACCUUUUUUUCAUCUUUGAAAGAGGCUUGUUUGUAAAAGCAGAUUGUUCAGUCUGCAACACCAACUUUAAUAGACAUCAGCCAGCCACCCUAUUGAAUUUCUAAAGAUUUACCAGUGGUGAAUCAUUGACCAUGGCCAGGCGAUCCUUAUUUCACCGGUUCCCUUUGUGCUAUCAUGUUGCACCAGAGCAUUUUAUAUUAGAUGCAAUAGGAAUGAGGCUGGACAUGUAUAUGCUCGUAGCUGUGUCUCCAUGCACUGAGAAGCAGAUGUUUUUUUGGCAAGCAGCAGGCAACAACUUCAUUACUGCACUUGCAUUUUUGUUAACUGUGUAUGCCAUGUAAGAUUUGUUUUUUUUUUCCUUAUUUGUUUAUUGUUUUUUUUUUAGUAUCCAAAAACAAAAAGGUCAGGUUUAAUUCUACAGGCCUUGGACUGUGGUCCAGACAUUCCUCUGGUUGCCAAUGUGUGUUGCAAGGGAAAGUCAUACAACUUAGAUAUGGUGUGCGGUAGUUGUGUGUGCAUGCAUGCAUAUCUGCAUGGGUGUGCAUGUGUCUUUUGUACAUUUAGGCAUGACAAUUAGCUGAGGUGAACUUCAUUUAUGAGAACUGCAAUCAGCACAAGAGAUGAAAAAAAAAUGAAGCUGCUGUGGCCAAUAGUUCAUUUAAUAGAUGCACUCCUCCUAUGUCACAUGUUCAUCCCAUUGUGUACAAGAUCUGCAUUUUCAUAGGGAGAUAAACCUCCCAUAGAUACAUACACAGGCAUAGAAUAAUGCCUGAGCCAGGAUGUUGAUGUGACUCAUUAUUGAGGUUGCUACUAGUUCUUUCACCCCAUUAUAAACAUGGAACAUUCACACCCCACUGUAAAUACUUUGUUGGAACAUGGAACAUUCACUUCCCACUAUUUUGUGUUUCCACUUUUAUAACCAAGACAAACUUUGAGUUUUAAUUUACUGCCAUUAAAGUCUGCUUCUGACAUAGCUUCUGCAUAUUUUGUUGACCUCUCAUUUCCGGAGACAAGUUUUGUAAAUAUUGAAUGACCAGAUGUCUCCUUUGUUACUUCUCAAGAUAAAUAUUGGAGCUAGACUGAUGCCUCACCUGUCCAAGAAUAGAAUUGCAACAUGGUGACACACUUUCCUAAUGGUUGUCAUCCAAAAAAAACAUUUAAAUGUAAGUGUUCUGGUUCAGUGUAUAAAGGUCACCGGUUGAUUGUAUUUCAUUAAAUAAACCUUCCUUUUCCCACACGAUUUUCCCAAAGCCUUUGUGUAAUAUUUAAGAAUAUACAUUAUGUCAUCCGACUGGAGAUCAGAUUUUAGAAAUAAAUAUGGAUGACUUGGUAUGUGUGCUGUGAGAAUGUGUGGCACUUUAAUCUUAAGUACAGAGAUAUUUAAACACUUCUGAUAUUUGCUCAUAGUUCUUUGUAGAAAUUUUGUGCUUUUCUGUUCUGUGGGUAAAGAUGUGGUCAAUAUUUUUUAAAGAUUUUUCUGCACUUUGAAGUGACAAAAGAUAUUCUUUUGCUAGUAGCCUAGGUUUCGUUCCAUAGAAAAAAAUACAUUUACAAAUCCUUGAGGCCGUUUGGUUGAAAUGCUUGUCACACUGAUGUUAGCUGAGGCUGUGGUAGUGAAAACUUGUGGCAGACACUGAAGAUGAUUGAAAAAAUGGAGCUUGUUUCAUGAUACUUUACUGACUCUUCAUAAUUUUUGAAGACCAAAAUGGUGUACUUCUUCAGGUCAAGUAUUUGAGAGGGUGGUGGUGGGGGACAGGGGUUCAAACAUGCCCUAUAAAUUGGUGGGAGAUGUGGAACCAUCAUCAGGACUCAUGCUACUAAAACAUAUCAGUGUAUAUCAACAUUGCUGUCUUUGAACGUUACGAGCAUUUCACCCAUUCGGCUCAGAGUGAAAUACAGAAUCAGAUGUUGAGCUUGAAGUUUGAAGUUAGUGUUGCUGCUUUUUUUUUUUUAAUAACUGCCAUUUUCAUGUUCAUUCAGAAGUUUAUCUUGUUCUUAUUGUAUGACAGAAGCACCAUAUGAGAGGUAUGAGGUUUUGCUUUCAUUUGUGUUUGCGCUUUUGCUGUCUCUUAGCUCCAGGUGACCAGUUGUCCUAGAUGUUCUGUUAAGAGAAACAAGAUGAAAUCUUUCAUUUUUCCUACUGUAUGGAUUUCUUGUCUUGACAUAACCUGUUGCUGAUGCAGCUUUAAGCACUAGCAACCAACCAAUCUUUCCCUAGAAAUUUAUAGAACAUAUUCUCUACUCUUCCCCUCUUCCACGAAAAAUCCAGAGAAAAUGUGACAAAGAUCACUGCUGUAACUUGUGAGGUGCUGCUUUACUUGUUUACUUCCUAGGGCAGGUAAGAAAUUUCUCUUAUAUUGGGAUAAUGUGUAGUUGUACUUGGUUUAGACCAAAUCUUUUGUUGCAUAUAGCAUUGUGCGAAAUGCAUUUCAGACUAUUUCUGCUCUUGAUUUAUACUGAAAUACUAUGUACACAGCUGCCUCAAUGUUUAAUAGAAUGUUAUGGCUUUAGUUUCUUAGAAAACAAUGUCUUUCCAAAUACAGCACUUGGGCAUCUUGUUGUCUUCUUUAAUCUGAGCAAGCAGUUAAAAUGUUUACAAAUAAAAUAUAUACUUGAUACAGAAUGGCCCCCAUUAAUGUUUGCUCUAGAAGGCCAUGAUUUAUCUGUGCCUUUGUUAACCCUUUUUUUUUGACCCAAGUUGCACCUAAGACAGGAUGGGAAAAUUUUUUGCCUGAUGUAGAUAUUAAAGUUAGAUAUUGCUCCACUGAUGCUGCUUGGCAAAGUUGUUCUACAUCACAUAUUUUGCGUUGAUCUCACUGUUUAUCAUAUAUGGAUUAUUGAAGUGUGUGGCAUUUGUAAGAAUAUGCUUCAUCCCUCCCCACAAGCCCCAUUUAGUGUGGUGACCAUGGACAUCGAUUUGUAAGUAGAAUUUCUUGGGUGAAUGGAAAGAUUUUGGUACUGGUCUAUUUCCUGUACAGUGUUUUGACCACAGAAGAAUUGCCUUCAUCAGGAAAAUUCCAAGUCUUGGGAUAUGCAUAAGAAAACACUUCUAAUGAUUUAUUUUAUAGCAUCAGCGUCAGCACCAGCCUGUAUGUUCAUGUGUGUGUGAGAAAGAGAACAUGCUGGAAAGAGUGGUAUUCAUUGUUAUAAAAGUGUACAUGUAUGCAGUUUUGUGAUUCUUUCUUUGUAAUGGGCAUGCAUGUUGCUUUGGAUAUGAAAGCAUUUGUAUGUUACUAAGUGAAUUAGGAAGUAGCAACAACCUAGGGGGGGAAGUGUUACAUCUGCUGUUUAUACCUACUACACACAUUUCAAGCACAUUCUCUUCCCACCCCCUCGUUUUGGUUAGGGUUAAUUAUCAGCAUGUGCUCAGCCCAUUAUAAAUUAUGUGCGAGGGCAACCACAAUUUUAAUACACUGAUGAUGGAUGAUUUCAGUCAGUUCUGAGUGGUAGUACAUUGGACAGUGUUGUGUUAUUUUAAUUUAGGAAAUUUGGUGGCUUUCUUAAAGCUGUUCUGGUCUGUAUGGAAUAAAUAUAAAUAAAAAUAUCAGAGCCAUUCAAUAAAUAAAAAUUGAGAUGAC